CCCAGGCAGUAGCGGCGGCGGCGGCAGCGGUGGCGACAUGAGCAGCGGGGCGGCGUCCGGGACUGGGCGGGGGCGGCCCCGGGGCGGGGGGCCGGGGCCCGGGGACCCCCCACCCAGCGAGACACACAAGCUGGUGGUCGUGGGCGGCGGCGGCGUGGGCAAGAGCGCACUGACCAUCCAGUUCAUCCAGUCCUACUUUGUGUCUGACUAUGACCCAACCAUCGAAGACUCCUAUACGAAGAUCUGCACUGUGGAUGGUGUCCCGGCCCGGCUGGACAGUGAGGGCGAGGGAGUCCUGGACACUGCAGGCCAGGAGGAGUUCGGUGCCAUGCGGGAGCAGUACAUGCGCGCCGGCCACGGCUUCCUGCUGGUGUUUGCCAUUAACGACCGGCAGAGUUUCAACGAGGUAGGCAAGCUUUUCACGCAGAUCCUCCGAGUGAAGGACCGAGACGAUUUCCCCAUCGUGUUGGUUGGGAACAAGGCAGAUCUGGAGACACAGCGCCAGGUCCCCCGAUCUGAAGCCUCUGCCUAUGGCGCCUCCCACCACGUGGCCUACUUUGAGGCCUCGGCCAAACUGCGCCUCAAUGUGGACGAGGCCUUCGAGCAGCUGGUGCGGGCCGUACGGAAGUAUCAGGAACAAGAGCUCCCGCCCAGCCCACCCAGCGCCCCCAGGAAGAAGGACGGGGGCUGUCCCUGUGUCCUCCUGUAGCCCCGGCGGCGGCGUGAGAGGAGCAACCAGCACCAGCUCUUGGGACCAGCUGCCCUCACCGAGCCUCAGUUUCCCCAUCUGGGUUUCCCAGGAUACACUACACCCCCAUCUGUAAUUCCUGGCUUCCUCCAGGACAUCGCCACUGUGUGCCUUCUGCCAAUAUGCCUCCUUUCCCCACCCGAGCCCCUUGUUGGGGUGAGGGGCUCCCGGGCAUCCGGGUCACUGCUGUAUAUAACUCCCCUCUCCACCCCUAGGGAAAUAAACGUCACUGCCAAUGUCA